GGGCGGCACCGCCUCCGGGAAGGGCGGCCUGGCCGCUGCUCCAGGAGCUCCGGGCCGCGCAGGGGUCUGAGCAGCAAGAGCGCGGGCUGCAGCUGCGUCCACCCGGGGUCGAGCCUGGUCCCCGGCCCUGGGCGACCCGGCCCGGUCGUGCACGGCGACGCCUUCCGCUCUCUCCGCUGAGCCCGGGCCCCUAUCCCAGCUGCCCGCGACACCCUCUCAGGAACGUGUGCAUCCCUCCAACUUUCCGAAGCCACUGACCGCAAACGCAUCCAAACUACUGACCCUUCCCCGCAGGCCUGGGCCCUUCAGGCCGUUUCCCUGCCCCGGACCACCCCAGGCCGCUCGCUCCGGCUGACGCACCCCGGACCCCGAGGUGUUUCCUCCUAUUCUUCACUCAGUUAAUGACCAAAGACCAUGUGACCCUUGCUCAGAGGGACCAAAACAAAUGGCACUGGAGAUUAAAGGCAUACAGCUUGCCUCGAUGGUGAAACUGGGUCUGAGGAGGAGUUGAUUCCAAAGCAUCAUUCUUGAAAAAUUUGAAUUACGUUGUACUCUCAAGAGAAUCCUACAGAAGUGUUGCUAAGGAGGUCACAUUCUCAAAAGCUCCCUGAAAGGAAGAAGACUAGAGAGACCAUUGGAAUGCUCCAAGCAUGAGAAAAUGAGAAAGACAAGAAGCUUCAAACACAAGACAGUUAAGGACAGCAAAACACACACUGCUAUCAGUGACCAAGAAUCUGAAAAAGAUGAUAGUCGGUGCGAUGAGCCCGCAACAAAUGAGAGAGUUGUAGCUGAGAAGAAACAAUAUGUAUGCACUGAGUGUGGGAAAGCCUUCAGUCAGAGCGCCAACCUCACAGUGCAUGAGCGAAUCCACACCGGAGAGAAACCAUAUAAGUGCAAGGAGUGUGGGAAAGCCUUCAGUCAUAGUUCCAACCUUGUGGUUCACCGCAGAAUCCACACUGGACUGAAGCCCUACACGUGUAGUGAAUGUGGGAAAUCCUUCAGCGGAAAGUCCCACCUCAUCCGGCACCAGGGAAUCCACAGUGGGGAGAAGAUGUAUGAAUGUAAGGAGUGCGGGAAAGCCUUUAGCCGGAGCUCAGGGCUCAUUUCUCACCACAGAGUUCACACUGGGGAGAAGCCCUACACUUGUACUGAGUGUGGGAAAGCCUUUAGCCGGAGUUCAAACCUCACUCAACAUCAGAGAAUGCACAAAGGAAAGAAAGUUUACAAAUGUAAGGAAUGUGGGAAGACAUGUGGUUCUAAUACAAAGAUAAUGGACCAUCAGAGAAUUCACACUGGGGAGAAGCCCUUUGAAUGCGAUGAGUGUGGAAAAGCUUUCAUCUUAAGUAAGACCCUUCAUGAACACCAGAGACUUCAUCGUAGAGAGAAACCUUACAAAUGUAAUGAGUGUGGGAAAGCCUUUACUUCUAAUCGAAACCUCAUUGAUCACCUGAGAGUCCACACUGGAGAGAAACCUUAUAAAUGCAAUGAAUGUGGGAAAACUUUCAGGCAGACUUCUCAAGUUAUUCUACAUUUGAGAACUCACACUAAGGAGAAACCCUAUAAGUGUAGUGAAUGUGGGAAAGCCUAUCGUUACAGCUCACAGCUUAUUCAGCAUCAAAGAAAACAUAAUGAGAAAGAAACCUCAUAAAUAAUAAAUAUUGUUGGUAAUAGGGCUAAUUACUACUUUUCUGAAAAGCAAGUAGUAUCAGUAACCUUCAUUCUACUUCCAAGAAUCCAUAUAGAAAAAAUAAUAGACGAGGUUAACAAAAGGGAUAUUCUAAAAGAAUGUUCUUUCAUAUAUAACUGAAAGAGAAAAACCUAGAUUUUCAACAGUGCAGGGUUAAAUGGAUGGUGUUCUAUCCAGGUAGUGGUUCUGCAGCACUGUAAACAUUUUCAGAGAAUAAUUAAGCUGGGCUACUCUGGAGGCUGAGGUAGAAGGCUUAUAAGUUUGAAGCUAGCCUGGCCACUAUAGUGAGACUCCCAUCUCAAAAAAUAUAUAUAAUGAUAUAGAGAAAUGUCUGGAUUAAGUGAAAGAUAAACACAAUGAAAUAUCCAGUUUUUUAAAAUUAUGCCUAAGAAAAAAGGGCAAAGAAGUAAACUAAGCCAAAAUAUUAAUGAUGAUUACCUCUGGGUGACAGUAUUAUAGAUGGUUUCUAUUUUCUUCUGUAUAGUUUUCUAUGCUUUCUAGAUUUUCUACAGUGAGAAUGUUCAACUUUUAUAUUCAGGGUAAAAGUAUGGUAUUUUUUAAAUGCAAUGAGCUCGCACUCAUUUUCAUUAAACAGUGUUAGAAAAGGGUCUCAGUGUAUAGAGUUGAAGGUCUUGGGUUUAAGCCUAAUACUUAGGAGUGGACCCAGGUCCAAGUCAAUUUCUUUUAGAACCUCUUCCAUGUUAGUAAAACCAUCAAUACCAGUCCUUUGUCUUUUGCAGUUUUAAAUUGACUUUAAAGUUGUCCACAAAGUAUAUACUUUCUGUUGUGUUAAAAGAACACAGCCAAAAUCUAGAGCAUCUUUCUUUCAGUAGUAGAAAGAUCUGUAAAUGAUGGAGAACUACCUAAGCUCUAUCUUUUCAGUAUAUAUCUAGACAACUUGGGGGGGGAAUGUGUCCUUAGGAAAUUGAAAUAAUUGUAGGUGCAAAAACCUGAAAAAGUUAGUUACCAUUAAGUAAAAUGUAGAAGAGUGGGCCUUCGUGUUGUAGGUAGAGCUUGGUAGGUAAAAGUAUAGACCAUGGAGUUGGACAGAUCUGUGUUCCAAUCUCAAGUCUCCCCACUUGUAGCUUGUCAGUUUAGGACAAGUCACUAAACUGCUGGUGAGCCUCAGCUUUUUCUGUCAAAGGGGAAUAAUUAUCUACCUCACAGCAACCCUGGCAUAUGGUACAUCAUAAGCUCAAAUAUAAGACAUGGCAAAAUAUUUCUCAACACUUUAGAGGAAGAGGGAUUCAGAAGAAGUUGUGCCAAAGGUAGCAUUCAGGAUAUUUUCAGGUAUAAUGAGUGAGAUACCAAGGAGUAAUUGCUUUACCCUUAAGGACACUGACUAUUCCAUUAGGAGGAAGUCUAGAAGGAACCAGUUCCAAGUUUGGUUUGGCAACUUAGCAGUUCCUCAAACUUCCAACUUUUGUGAUCUGAUGGCAGUGUCAGAAGAUGAUGGCCUUAGCUGCAAGCUGCUUUCCUUUACACAACUCCCUCAAAGUUAGGAUUGAUGAAGAGCUGAGGCUUCCUCAUCUCAUUCCUAUCUUUCAUCAUUGAGAAAAAAGUCUUUCCCAAAAGAUAGGAGGGAAGAGUGUUGAGCAGUCGAUGCUAUAGAUGCUCCCCAGCUUCUCCCACCUCUGUGGCUGGCCCUCCAGGAAGGCCUUAGCCCAUCUUCAACUAGUAUCAGAACAUUUAAGUCCAUAGCUCAAAAUCUGCUUAGCACUAAGUGUCUCUCCAUUCUUAGCCAUUCCUCUUGGUUUACAGUCCUUAAAUCCAGUCCUCUUUGCAUUAUGCAUGUAGCAAUUCAUUGUUUCAGAGUUACUGAGAGUAUGUUAUCUCAUUUAACCCUUCUAUUUGUAUAAGAAAAUUGAGUCUCGGUGAGAUUAGGUGACUGGCAGUCAGUGGCUGGGGCCAGGACAUGAGCUAUGAUCUGACUUUGAAGUUCAUGCUUUCUUCAUUAUACCAAAGUGCCUCUGCCCACCAUGGUGAUUCUGUAUGAGGCCAGUUAGGGCUCUCCUGGGUAGCUACCUCUAUUAAAAGUGAUUGUACCUGAACAGUUACUUGACCAUGGUUUCAUUAGGAAGACGCUGUAAAUCUCAGAUUUACAACCUAUUUGUAUAUCUCAUCAUUUAGUUUUAAGUGUUAUGUACUCUUCCCUCUAGUUACAGCAAAGAAAGAAGUGAAAGCUUUAUAUACUUUUGUGAAAAGGAUUGUUUGGCUUUGUCCUAUUUUGGUAGAAUAGUGGUUUGCAUAUAACUUUUUGAUAUUACCAUCCCUCUGCAUAAUUAUUCAAGGCACAGUUUGGGGGGACGGGAAGAGAUGUGUUGCUUCCAGGACUGUUGAUCACUAAGUGGUAUCAUCCUGUAUUGCUGAGCAGAUACUCUCUGGCCACUGUGUUACUGUUAUCUCAUCACUGUGUCAUAGAGCCUGAAAUUAUUUCUUCACAUAGGCUUUCUUUUUCAUCUGAAAAGACUCUGAUCUUUAAAUGUCUUCUAGGAAGGAUAUCCUGUCACCUUAUAUGCAGAGAUCUUAAUGCAGGAGAUUGUCACAUUUGUUGCGCUAAGAAUGCUAGGGUUAUGGUCCCUCCAAGCCCUCACUCAUCUUCUAGGCCAAUGCAUGCCUUGAGGUGCAGGAGGAAAUGAUAGUAAGAGGUCCCUGUAACCUCAAGGUAAAUGUUCUGCUAUGUGAUUGGCACUGGUCACCACCUUCCUCCAGGAGUCCGCCCGGACUGCCAGCUGUUAACCUUGGAGUUUAACAUGUUACCAUCAGCUUGAACCACCAGUGGUACAUGCAUGACUGUCCUAUUAGGCAGCUUGUACCACUGGUGAUACAAACAGAUCUAAUCACUUUUAUUGAUAUUUUCACCAGUAUAAUUAAUAAAAAACCACCUGAUGGGACAGUCGUACAUAUACCAUCGAUGGUUUAAGCCACCUGGUAGCAAGACUUCUAAAUUAUAAUCCUGUUGUAAAUAUGUUAACCAUGCAGUGCUGACCCUCCUUUCAAGCCCUUUCGUAGUACUCUGAAGUGGGGGCUGUCUCCAAUGGUGUUUUCUUCACUUCUUGUUCUGUGGAAUCCUAACUUAAGAGCAGUGCUUUCUCCACAAUCCCUUGGUUGCUAAUUUUUGUGUCAUUAAUCCCCUUUCUUUUGUUCUCCAUCAGAAACCAAGCUCUCUUGAAAUCUAUCUCAUGAAACUUGAGCAUUACCCACCUGUUUUUGUUAUCUACUGGUUUCCUAUGUACUCUUCAUUGAUGUUUUUCACUCUGAAUAUCCCUGCGGAAGAUGAAGAGGAAAUACUUUACAGACACCCUGGUCGUGUAGAAUUGCCCUGCGUAAAAUGAAAGUAUGUAUGUUCCCACUUGAGGAGAAAAUGAAGUCUUAUAUAGCCUUGACUAAAAGAACUAUGGCAGGCAAACCUGCUUAGAGAGGAAAGUGGUGUCUCCUUGAGAGAUUUUUCUUCAUACAUGGUGUGUACCGUGUUAGGUCUUGGGAGAAAUUGAAACCAAAAAGAGCAUUAAGUAGAGGAGUAAUUGUGUUGUGUCUAAAUCCUGUAAGAUUAAAUUCACUGCAGCUCUGUAUCCUCAGUGACAGACUGUUUACCUUUUCCAUUCUGUGUAAGUAAAAAAGGGCGCUUUUAUUGUUAGAUGGUAGUCACCAGACUGUUGUUAAUCACCUCUAAUAUUAUAAAACUGGUGUAAUAAAAUUGUUUUUACAAAAAAUAGUGAUACUUCCUCCAAUAAACCUGCUGUUCUUA